ACCAUACCAUGAUCUAAUUCCCUUCUCUUUCCUCUCAAAACACAAAUUAGAAAGAAAAGGAAAAAGAACAAGAAUUCGAAAAAAAACAAAACAAUUGAAAACAUUUCCCCAAAUUGAACACAACAAAUAAAACCCUAACAAAAAAAUCACAUUUUUUCUUCAAUCAGAAAAACCUCUGUCAAAAAAAUCCCCAAUUUUUCUUCCUCCUCCAAAUUAGGGUUCUUUCAAUACAAUGGAAGACGAUGCUAGAUACCCAUCAAAAGGUUACCCAUUCAGACGCAAAAACCCUAACCUUCGUCAAAAACAUCCAAUUCGCAAUUUACAAUAUCAUCACUACAACGAUCCUGAAGACAACAACAACAUCGACGAAGAAUUCGACGAUUACAAUAUAGAUGAAGACGGAAUUGAAAAUGGGUAUAUCGGUAAUUUCGAAGAAAACAAAGGGUUCAUCGGUAAAAAGAGAAAAUUGCGUAGCGGUGGUAGUAGUAGUGGUGGUGGUGGUGGUUCUGUUUCAAAUUAUGAAUUGGUGCCACGUGGAAAAUUCUCAUACAUUAAUCGCGGCGGUGGUGGUGGUGUCGGCGGUGGUGGUUCUUCUGGGUCAGAGGAAUGGACAGAACAUGCAACAUUUGUGUUGUUAGAGAUUUGGGGUGAAAAGUUUCUUCAACUUGGAAGAAACAGUUUGAGAUCAGAGGAAUGGCAUGAAGUAUCUGAGAAAGUUUCUGAAGAAUUGAAAAUUGAAAGGAGUGUUGAACAAUGUAGAAGUGUAUUGGAUAAAGUGAAAAGAAGGUAUAAGAAAGAGAAGAGUAGAAUGGAUGAAAUGGGUUUGGGUGUAAAUUCUUGUAAGUGGCCAUUUUUUAAGAGAAUGGAUAUGUUGAUGUCUUCGAGUGCGAGACAAGAGUAUGGACUUGCUUGCGGUGUUGAUUCGGGGGAAUAUGUGUUUAUGAAUACUCGGGUUUAUUUGAAUAGGUCGAAUGGUUUUGAUGAGAUGAGGGAUAGUCCUGGUGAGUCUGAGGCAUCUGAUGAUGAGGAGGAGGAUGGUGAUGAUGAUGAUUUGGAUGAGGUUGAUAAGGAAGAGGAGGAGGCUUCUUAUAGGGUUUUGGCUGAUUCUAUUCAGAAGUUUGGGAAGAUAUAUGAGAAGAUUGAGAAUACUAAGAGGCAACAAAUGAUGGAGUUGGAGAAGAUGAGGUUGGAUUUUAAUAGGGAGUUGGAGUUGCAGAAGAAGCAGAUUUUGGAAAGGGCUCAGGCUGAAAUAUCAAAAAUACAGGAACCAGGAGAUGAUGGUCAUGAUGAAGAGGUGGAGGAUGGAGAAGAGACAGGCACUUCUGCAGAUAAUCUCAGUGAAUAAUGUAGGUGUGAAAUAAUCUUGGAAAGUGUAAUGAUUUCUGAAAGAGUGAACCAGUUUUGGAGGAAAGAUUGCCUAGAAGCUGAAAUGAGGAGCUUCUUGUACCAGGAAGGUUGUCAACUCUUCUGUGUUCUCUGACAAUGUGGAAGUUUUUUUUUUCUUUCUGAAAAACUUGAAGCUGCAAUGUGGAAGUUGAUUCAAAAUAGUAAUAAUAUUUUUGUAAUAGUAAUAACCUGCAAAUUAUUGUGCAAUUGUAACAAGCUGCUGCAAAUUUCUUUGACCAUAUUCAACUGAAUAUAUGUUUUGUAGAACUAGAAGCUUAGUGCUGAUUGUAUGAUUAACAUAAAUACAUUUCCAUUUAUUAGUUCAUUUUAUAUGUCAGCAUGUUGAAUUUUCAA